CGUGUGUUAACAUGGCGACCGAGAAACUGCAGUUUCAUGAGAUGGGUUUAGAUGACCGUCUUUUAAAGGCGGUAGCUGAUCUUGGAUGGGCCCAGCCAACCCUCAUUCAAGAAAAAGCCAUUCCACUGGCUCUUGAUGGGAAGGAUCUGUUGGCCAGAGCUCGGACUGGUUCAGGGAAGACUGCUGCCUAUGCUAUGCCUCUGAUUCAGCGGAUCCUCACCGCUAAGCAGACGGUGCGAGAGCAGGCAGUGCGAGCUUUAGUCCUCGUACCCACCAAAGAACUGGGACAGCAGGCACAGGCCAUGAUUCGCCAGCUCACCGCCUACUGUUCCAGAGAUGUUCGUGUGGCCGAUAUCUCAGGCAAAGCAGAGUUAUCAGCGCAGAGGCCAAUUCUGAUGGAAAAGCCAGACGUUGUGGUGGGAACUCCGUCUCGGGUGCAAGCCCAUAUCAAAGCCCAGAAUUUGACGCUGCACUCUUUGGAAAUGCUUGUCGUCGAUGAAGCGGACCUUAUUUUCUCUUUUGGCUUCGAGGCCGAUCUUAAGAACCUCAUUUGUCACUUGCCUAAGAUCUAUCAGGCUUUCUUGAUGUCUGCUACACUCGAUGACAAUGUCCAGGCCUUGAAGGACCUCGUUCUACACAAUCCUGUGACGCUGAAGCUACAAGGCUCCCAGCUUCCAGACACCUCUCAGCUGCAGCAGUACAGUGUGAAAUGUGAAGAGGAGGACAAGUUCCUCCUCAUCUACACACUCCUCAAACUUGGCCUGGUACGAGGCAAGACGCUUAUAUUCGUCAGUAGUCUGGAUCGCUGUUAUAGGCUCAAGCUUUUCUUGGAGCAGUUCAGCAUUCCUUCCUGCGUCCUUAACUCCGAACUCCCUGUGCACUCAAGGUGUCACAUCAUAUCACAGUUUAAUCAGGGAUUCUACGAUUACAUCAUAGCCACAGACGAGCAAGGGCUCGACAACCCGACUGCCAAGAGCAGCAGGAAAAAGAAUAAAACAGGCAAAGAUAGAGAAUACGGUGUUUCCAGAGGUGUGGACUUCCAGAACAUCGCAAAUGUCCUAAACUUUGAUUUUCCCACUUCUGUUGAAUCCUACAUCCACAGAGUCGGCAGGACCGCACGGGCCGACAACAAAGGCACAGCUGUCACAUUUGUCUCCCAUUCUGAGCUCUUAUUGCUGGAGGAGGUUGAGUGCGCUCUUACAGGAGACAGCGGAAACUGCACCCUGAAGCCUUAUGGAUUCAAAAUGGAGGAAAUAGAAGGAUUUCGAUACAGAUGCCGGGACGCAAUGAGGUCUGUGACUAAGCAGGCAGUAAAGGAAGCCCGAUUAAAGGAGAUCAAGCAGGAACUGCUCAACUCGGAGAAGCUUAAGAUGUACUUCGAGGACAACCCGAGAGAUCUGCAACUGCUCCGCCAUGACAAAGACCUCCAUCCUGCCAUCAUCAAACCCCAUCUGAGAAACGUGCCCGAUUACUUGAUUCCGCCGACAAUGAAAAAUCUGGUCAAUCCCCUCACUCGCCGGAAGAAGAAGCUCAAGCGAGUCGUGAAAACUGCCUUCAAGAAGAAUAUCAGAGGGAAGAACCCGCUAAAGAGUUUCUGCUACGCCAGGAAAGCUGGGAAGCAGGACGACAAAUCCUAACAGCACAGGAUUGAGUUUUUCUCCAAACCAGUUGAGACACUGGGACGGAAAAAUCUCAUUAAUCCCCACCAUACCAGGCUUGAUGGACGUUCUGAGAGGACGCACCUGCAUUGAAUGCUUGGAAAUUAUUGUUUAGAAAUAAAUCAAUCAAAGAAGA